AUGAUAAAUGGACUGCUCCUCCUCUUCUUCUGGCGAACCUUCGUUCUGCCGGUUCUGCCAUGUCAGGUUACUCUCUACCGGCUUGACACCGUUUCAAUCAGCAUGAAGCACCUCUCUCUCGCCGCGGCCCUCGUCGCCGUGGUGGUGCAGCCAUGGCUAGCUACCGCUGUCAACCUCGAGCUCAACGUCACAGCGUUGACCGGCGGUGAGCUCGAGUCGGAUUGGACCAGUGUUUACUACUCCAAGUCGAACCCUCUGCUGCUCGGAAACGACGGUGGCGCAGCUACUGGUGGUUUUCACGCAUGGGACCUGAACAGCGACACGCCUCUCUCCGAGAUCAAGGCUUUGACCACCGGCCGGACGAAGCUAGUCACGACCGUUUACAAUGUGAGCGACAAAGACCUCGCGGUCACCAUCGCCAUGCCGGACUCUAUCAUCCGUGUGUUCGAGGUCCCCUCUUUUACCGAGAUCCAGGCUGCCCAGACCACCGCUCUGGGCGAUUGGUCCGCCCUGUGUUCAUGGCGCAGCAAGAGUCUGAACGACUAUGUCUUUCUUUUCGGAAAGGGACAAAUCAUUCAAUACCUCAUCCGUCAAGGGAAAUCCGAUAUUGAGCUAGUUGAGAUCCAAACUUUCUCAGCACCAACCGAAUUCUCCGGCUGUGCCGUCUCUCGAUCUCAGUCCAAGAUGCUUCUCUCCGCCGACGACGACAAGGACAUUUAUGUGUUCAAUCUCACUGAAUCUACCGAUGCUCCCGAGGUUACGAAGCUUGGCGAGGCGGCAGAGGAUGUGACUGGCAUCGCUGUGUAUGCCUCCAAUUCAACUGGCCAAGAUUACCUGUUCGUCGCCCAGGAAAGCGCCAUUGCCGUUUACGAAUAUCCGUUCGAGCUUCUUGGUACUAUUGCACUGACUGGUCUGGAGGAUAUUGAAGUUCAGGGUCUCAGUAUUUACCAGGGAGCAACCUCAAAGUACCCCAAUGGUGCCAUUGCCUUCGCCAUUGAGGCCGACGAUGUCGCUGGAUUUGGUCUUGUGUCUCUGGAUGGUGCCCUCAGUGAACUCGCCGUCUCCUCCAACACCGAAUACGACCCUCGAUCCCCAGUCGGAUGCCGUACUCGUUCCAAAAUCUGCGAUGCAUGCUCUACCAACGGGUACUGCCAAGACAACGCCCUUGGAUGCGCCUGCUUCUCCGGCUUCACGGGCGAUAAGUGUGACCAGUUCCAGUGCACCGAUAACUGCUCCGGGCGUGGCGAAUGCGUCGGCCCGAAUCAGUGCAAGUGUGAGAACGGAUGGGGAGGACUCCAUUGCUCGUUCCUUCUGGUUGAGCCUUCGUACGAGACUGACCAGAAUGGCGGCGAUGGUGAUGAUCCCGCUAUCUGGAUCUCGCCCGAGUCUGCCGACAAGUCUCGUAUCAUUACCACGACCAAGUCCACUCAAGGAGCUGGCUUGGGUGUCUUUGACUUGACUGGCAAGCUACUCCAGACCAUUUACGCCGGUGAGCCUAACAACGUCGACAUCAUUUAUGGUUUCCAAGUUGGUGACCGCAAGGUCGACCUCGCCUUUGCUGCCUGCCGCGCAGACGACACUCUAUGCCUUUUUGAGAUGACUUCGAAUGGCACUCUCACGAACAUUCCAGGCGGUAUCCAGCCUGUCGUGCCCGGCUACACGGUUUACGGCUCGUGCGUUUACCGGUCCCCCAAGACCAACAAGCAAUACCUCUUCGUCAACGAAAAGUCCGCCAGGUAUCUGCAAUACGAGUUGACUUCCACGUCAAACGGUACCCUUCAAACUACCCUGGUCCGCGACUUCACCGGCGGCUCGGGUGGUCAAGUCGAGGGUUGCGUUACUGAUGAAGAGAACGGCUGGAUCUUCCUCGGCGAGGAGCCAUCUGCUCUUUGGCGAUAUGACGCCGAGCCCGACUCCAAAGAACCAGGUGUGAGAGUCGCCUACGUCGGUGACGGCCAUAUCUAUGCCGAUGUGGAGGGCGUUACUCUGGUAUACGGCGCUCAGCCUGAUCAGGGCUACGUCAUUGUCUCUAGCCAGGGUGUGAGUGCCUACAACGUGUAUCGCCGUGCCGCUCCGCAUGAGUACGUCACGACUUUUACCAUCACCAAAUCUGCAGACGGUCAGGUCGAUGCAGUUUCCAACACCGAUGGUAUCACUGCGGUCGGAACAAACUUGGGCAAGGAUUUCCCUCAUGGUCUUGUUGUUGUACACGACGACGCGAACCAGCUCCCGGGUGGAAGUACCAGCACGGAAGCCAGCUUUAAGCUGGUCAGCCUUGAAAAGAUUCUCGGCGCUGAUGCACUCAAGUCGCGCAACUUGCUCGACGACGUCGACGCCAACUGGGAUCCCAGGAAGCAGAUUAAGCAAUGA